AAUCAUACGAUGGCAAAAAGACGGGUCAAGUUUGCGGAUGACACUGAAUAUGAGAAACUUCCUCCCAAGAUUAGGCGCGGCAGCCUUGCGCUCACCAUUUUCGGCAUACUCCUACUCGGAUCUUGCCGGUAUUUUUCACCCUGGGCCAAAGAUUCAGCGCUCUUCCGCAUUCAACUAUCAACUGAACCGUCAGAUGCAAUCCUACAGCAAGGCGUAGAUCGAGUAUUAAAUGGAACUCCCCUCAUAGAUGGCCAUAAUGAUCUCUUGAUUGUGAUACGACUUUUCUACCUCAAUCACAUAAACAACGAAAGAUUCAAAAGAGUGUUCAGGAACGGAGGAUUCCCAAACCAAGUGGAUGUACCACGGCUGCGAGCUAGUAAACUGGGCGGUACAUUUUGGAGCGCUUUUGUGCCAUGUCCAAAGAAUGGCAGUCUAGAGUUCGUGGAUGAGAACUACGAUGAAGUGGUUCGGGCUACGCUUGAACAGAUUGACCUCUUUAAUCGCAUGUCCUCCAGCUAUCCCGAGUACUUCGACUUGGUGACAAGCGCACAGCAAGCUCACUCUGCCUUCCAAGACGGGCGCUUUAUCGCAUUGCUCGCUAUCGAGGGCCUGCAUCAAAUCGGAAACUCUCCUUCCAUACUCCGACUAUACCACAAGCUCGGUGUGCGCUAUGCUACCCUAACCUGGAAUUGCCACAACGCCUAUGCAGAUGCUGCCCUCGUAGAAAUCGGCGAUUCGAAUGACGGAAAUACAAAAUCUAUUGUCGCACCUCCGCAUUGGGGCGGACUAAGUCUUGUUGGUCGAGACAUGGUUGCCGAAAUGAAUCGGAUAGGUAUGAUAAUUGACCUAGCACAUGUGAGCGCGGAUACCAUGCGUCAGGUACUCGAAGGAUCAGGGCAUGGUCCAGACCGGUGGAAUGGCAGUCUUGCUCCUCCGAUUUUCAGCCACAGCUCUGCGUUCGCAAUAUGCCCGCAUCCUCGGAAUGUACCAGAUGAUGUCUUAUACAUGGUGCAAAGGCGAAAAUCGCUGGUCAUGGUGAACUUCAAUCCAAAGUUCAUCUCAUGCGAAAGGAAGGAUAACGAUCCGGAGACAUUACCCACUCUUUACGCACCCAACGCCACGAUUCAACAAGUGGUGAAGCACAUCACUUAUAUAGGAGAUUUGAUUGGUUAUGAUCACGUUGGCAUUGGAUCUGAUUUCGAUGGUAUUGAUGAUGGGCCGAAGGGGUUGGAGGACGUGAGCAAGUUCCCGACCCUGGUAGCGGAGCUUUUAAAGCAUGGGGUGAGCGAUGAAGCUUGUGGGAAAAUAAUUGGCGGUAAUCUAUUGAGGGUGUGGCAAGCUGUGCAAGAUGUUGCAGAAAAUCUCCAAGACACAAUGUUGCCGCUGGAAGAUCAGCUUGAAAAACCCUGGUUUUGA